AUGGAGAAGCAAGAAGAUGAUAAUCAGAGCUUAGCUCUUUCCUACAUCGGCUCUUCAACACAGAGGAGGGGACCACACGAGCAAAGGAAUCGGUUGUUUUCUGUUUUAGGGUCUCUCACUGAUCUAGAAGAAGAAGAAUCAAAGGACUCCUCAGAGGGACAGGUUGCUUCUGUAGAUAUUAAACUACCAAGAAGAAGAAGUUUGCAAGUGGAGUUCAGUUGCAACUCAUGCGGAGAGAGAACUAAACGGCUUAUCAACCGUUUGGCUUAUGAACGUGGCCUUGUCUUUGUCCAGUGUGGUGGAUGUCUUAACUCUUAAGCAUCAUAAGCUGGUUGACAAUCUUGGUCAUUGUUGAGUAUGACUUCCGCAAAGAAACCUCCAAGGAUUCAAGUACUGAUCAAAUUUGAUAUGAUUUUAUUUUCCGCAAAGAAUAGAGAAGAAAAAAAUGUAUUAUUUUUUAAUCAAAAUGUUUGGUAUACAAUAGGGAAAAUGUAUCUUUUGGAGUUGAUACAUAGGUGAUAUAGUGAGAAGAAAGCUAGAGACUUAGGCUCUGAUAGCCAGCAUGAGGAGAGUUCCCAGUACGGUGCUGAGCCACAUUGCUACUCUUCCUUCUAGCUGGUUCAAGGCAUUUCCUCCAUUCUGUAAAACCAGAAAUUAAAGAUUGUUAUAUAAUUCAGUUUGGUGAGAGUGCGUUUCUUUUUAAA